AUGAUUCAAAAAGUCGUCGCUCUCUCUUUUCCCCCCUCCACAACCAUGGACAAGCUCUCGUCCCUCGCCCGCUUCAAGAACGCCUGCCCUUUCCUCGGAAAGACAGCGCCCUCCACCCUCCGCAGCCUCUCCACCGCCGUCUCCCCGCGCUUCCCCUCGCUCUCAGCCCUCACCGAGCGCGCCACAGCAUGCCCCGUCAUGGGCCCCGCCCUCGACGUCCGCUCAAAGCAGAUCGUAGCCGGCUACGCUAGCGUCGCCGCCAACGCAGAUGUCGAGAAGAUUCACAAGGACAAGGGCGUCUUCCCGCCCCCCGGCGCGACCGUCGAGAUGUGCCCCCAUGCCUCCGCUGCUAGGGCCGCCGCUCGCAUGGCCGAGGACCUCGCAGCCGCCGCAAGGAAGAAGGCCCAGCUCAGCAAGGACGAGGUCGCCCAGGCCGCUGCUGCAGGGUGCCCCUUCCACCAGAAAGCCGCCGCCGAAGCCCGCAAGGCAGCUGCUCCUGCCCCUGCCCCUGCUCCGACCCCUGUGACAGCGCACAAUGCCAAGAAACACUCCGGGUUCGACUAUGAGAAGUUCUACAUCAACGAGCUUGACAAAAAGCGCAAGGAUGCAUCGUACCGCUACUUCAAUAACAUAAACCGGCUCGCGAACAAGUUCCCUGUCGCCCACACCGCCCGCGUCACCGACGAGGUCGAGGUAUGGUGUGCCAACGACUAUCUUGGCAUGGGCAACAACCCUGUUAUACUCGAAACUAUGCAUCGCACUCUUGACAAGUACGGCCAUGGUGCUGGAGGGACUCGUAACAUCGCUGGCAACGGUGCCAAUCAUCUUGCUCUGGAGCAAGAACUCGCCAAGCUGCACCGCAAACCAGCUGCUCUCGUUUUCUCCUCGUGCUACGUGGCCAACGACGCUACCCUCUCGACCCUUGGUUCAAAGCUUCCAGAUUGUAUUUUGUUCUCCGAUACCAUGAACCACGCCUCCAUGAUCCAGGGUAUGCGCCACUCUGGUGCAAAAAAGGUCAUCUUCAAGCACAACAACCUUGAAGAUCUCGAGAACAAGCUCAAACAAUACCCCAAGGAACAACCCAAGAUCAUAGCCUUCGAGUCGGUUUACUCCAUGUGCGGUAGCAUCGGACCCAUCAAGGAAAUUUGCGACCUAGCAGAGAAAUAUGGUGCUCUUACUUUCUUGGACGAGGUGCACGCCGUCGGUCUCUAUGGACCCCGAGGCGCUGGUGUAGCUGAACAUUUGGACUACGAUGCUCAUGCUGCUGCUGGCGACAGCCCUGAUCCCAUUCCUGGCUCCGUUAUGGAUCGCGUUGACAUCAUUACUGGUACUUUGGGUAAGGCUUAUGGCGCUGUCGGUGGCUAUAUCGCGGGGUCGGAGGAAUUCGUCGACAUGGUCCGGUCAUAUGCUCCUGGUUUCAUCUUCACAACAUCGCUUCCUCCCGCUACUGUCGCUGGUGCUCGGGCUAGCGUGGUCUACCAGAAGAACUAUGUCGGUGAUCGUCAACUCAAACAGGUCAACGUCCGCGAGGUGAAACGCCGCUUUACUGAAUUGGAUAUUCCCGUGGUUCCCGGCCCCUCUCAUAUCGUACCGGUUCUCGUCGGCGACGCUGCUCUGGCGAAGGCUGCAUCAGACAAGCUGCUCUCGGAACACAAUAUCUACGUGCAGUCCAUCAACUACCCCACCGUCGCCCGCGGUGAGGAACGCCUGAGGAUCACUGUCACGCCCCGACACACGCUCGAACAAAUGGACAAGCUCGUCAAGGCCGUCGACCAAAUCUUCAAUGAGCUCGGGAUCAACAGGCUGAAGGACUGGAAGCGCCUUGGCGGACGCGCAGGCGUUGGCAUGACAGCGGGUCCUGAGCCCGAAGUGCAACCGAUAUGGACGGACGCGCAGCUCGGCCUGCUUGACGGAACGACGCCGCACACGUUGAGAAACGGUGAAAAGGCGGUUGUGGACAAGCACGCGGUGACCAUGGCUCGGGCAGAGUUCAACGACUUGUUGGGCCCCAUCAGCGGUCCUGUCCAGUGCUCAAGGACGGUUUACCAGCACGCCCAGCCCGAGGUCAAGAGGCAGACGCACAGGAUGAAGACCGGUGCUGGCGUUCCGCUCAGCCGCGACAUCCCGGUGCCCCCUCCCGCCGUGUCGGUCUCUGCUUGA